AUGUCAUUAAAUCUCUUGCCACUGGAUACCAUCACGAUCGUUGAUAAAUUUCUUUCAUUUUCCGAACAUCUCCAACUUAUGUUGGUCAAUACCAUUUGGUUCAAUCUUUUAAAUAGUGAUUGGAUGUGGCGAGGAAGAAUAACACAACUCGACUGUCAACUUUCGAUUCAUGGCAAGUUGCUCAAUAGAGAAGAACCCAUUAAACUCCGUGCAGAAAGUACGAAUAUUAGAGAAAUUCUAAUGAAAAUUUAUAGAGAAACCAAGGAAUCGGUCGAUCGAACAUAUAAAUUGAAAGAAUGUAAGAAAAUUAAAAAACUCAAAAACACUUGGAGUUCAUAUUCGGAAGAAAUUGAAAACUUUGAGACAUUUUGUGAGAAUUUCAAAUUGGAGGAAUAUGCAAAUUUACUGAAAGAAUCAGAGCCAAUUCGAUGUUGCUUCAUUGGGCCACAUGGUAUUGGAAAGACCACUCUGUGUUACUAUCUUCACCUUAGGUAUGAAAGAUACAAUGAUUCGGAAGAGGGUUUUUCUGUUCCCCGUUACUAUAAUUCGUGUGAUAUUAAGAGGAUUGAAGGUUAUUGUUUACAAUUAGUAGACACUCCUUAUUCUUAUGAUACACCAUCCAAGUGUCACAUUUUUAUAAUGUGCUAUUCAAUAUCAAAUCCAGUAAUGAUGAAUAAGUGUUUGAAGGAUUUUUCUGAUAGAUUUCUUCCAGAAAUUCAACCAUUUUUGGAUUACAACAGAUCAGUAUUGGUCGUUGGAACAAAAUCUGAUAUUUGUGAUUAUUCAAAACCAGGAGAUUUUCAUUUGGGAAAAUAUUGGAAUAGUUAUUUGUGUAAAAAGUAUGAUUCGUAUGGAAAGAAACUAUCUCAGCGGAUGGGUGCUGUGAGCUAUGUGACAACAUCUUCAAGAGAGUUUGUUGGACUGGAAGAAUUGGAAGAUUUGAUUGUCAAGACGUUUAUCUAUUCGAAACUUAUCAAAGCUCCAGUUCUAAACAAAAAGGAAAAAUGCAUGUUGUGCUAA